UAGGUAGCCAUGCAUUUCUGGGUCUCUCAGUUUCUUAAAGCUCGGAAGCAGAGAAGAAAGAAUGGGGAGGAAGCCAUGUUGUGAGAAGGUGGGGAUGAAGAAGGGGCCAUGGACUGCUGAGGAGGACAAGAAGCUGAUCAACUUCAUGCUUACAAAUUGCCACUGCUCAUGGAGAGCUGUUCCAAAGUUUGCAGGCCUUCUGAGGUGUGGGAAGAGCUGCAGGCUACGAUGGAUCAACUAUCUGAGACCUGAUCUGAAGAGAGGCUUGUUAUCUGAGUCUGAGGAAAAGCUGGUCAUUGACCUCCAUGCCCAACUUGGAAACAGGUGGUCCAAGAUAGCUUCUCAUCUUCCUGGAAGAACAGACAAUGAGAUAAAAAACUACUGGAACACCCACAUCAAAAAGAAGCUGAGGAAGAUGGGAGUUGACCCCCUUACCCACAAGCCCAUUGGUACCACCAGCGAAUGCCAUGAUCAAGCACUGCCACUGCAGCAGACAGUUGACGUAGCUGAAGGAUACUGGGAAGUGGAAGAAGAAGAGGAAGAAGAAAAGACCAUGACAAGCUCAACCGAGUACGUCACGGAGAUUGAUGCUUCUCUGCAGACAUCGCCUGGUUUCUGCAUUGAGGAAGUGCCUAUGAUGCAACCCCAUGAAAUAGUGAUUCCAGAGGCAUCCACCGACGACACCUCUUCCAGCUCUUCUUCUGGUCGUUCGCCGAAGACUGAUGAACUUCGGCUUUCAGCAAUGGAGUGGCCAGAAUCCAUGCACUUCUUCCCGAUGGAUGACUACGGUGGAUGGAGCUUCAGCUCCGAUCAUAUGCUUGAGCAUCAAACCGCUACCACCGAGUAUGAUCCAUGGAAAUGAUGGUCAACUGAACAGAUCAAAAAGGCACAUAUAUCAACAUGAACGAGAGGAUCAUGGAAGGAAAUAAAGAUACCUCUGGUCCACGGUUCGUGCUUCAAGCCGAGCACUGACUCGUGAUACACUGUGUUUCUAGGUCAUCGUUGAUUUUGUGCAUGUAAAUUAGCUUGACUGGGUGCAAUCAUGCUUGUAAUGUACGAUGUCAGACACGAGUAAGGAUUUGGAUGGUUUGA